AAGACAAUGGACGUAUAAGCGGCUUACCGCUCCAGCAGCAUGAACCGCUGUUGCAGUCGCACUCAGCAAGAAACCUUUACACUUAAAACUUUCGCGUUUCAAACACACGCGUCGAAUGAACAACACUGUGAUGUAUAAUAGCACCGUCACCUUGAAACCGCACUUUACAAAUUGCAUCGUUUAUGACAAGCCCCCCUCUUGUCUCACCGAGUGAUAUUUCACGUCGCGAACCUGUCUCUCUAUUAGCAAGGUAAGGGGGCUCAAGUGGCCGCUAACUGAGAGUUAGUGUUGUAGAGAUUGCGAGGGGAGCAUGUGCUCAUUAGGAACAAUAGUUUGACGCGUGGAAGGGAAUGACAAUGUAUUCAUACCUUAGUUUGACGUAGCCGAAAGUUUAUUGCAUAUAUUGAAUAACAGUGCAAUGUAAAGCAGUUUUAGUAAUGCAGUUUUGGUCAUGCAUGUUGCCUUAUUUAGCUGUUUUGUUAUUGCCAAUGUUGUAGUAUUUUAAAAUCUGUUUCAUCCUAAAUUUCACGCUCAAUAUAUGAAUUGACACUACUUCGCGCUCAUUACCAUUCGUAUUUGAAUAAAAUAUUUGUCGAAUCGCUUUCUUAAACACUAGUGGAACCAAAUUAUCUUCAAGUAAGACACUGGUAACAUCAAAGACACAGCUAGCUGGCCACGCAUAAACCUUAUUGCAACCUCAUAAGGUCCACUAUCGUUAACUCACUUCUCUGUACAGAGUCAAAGUAAGCAGACAGUAUAAAAUCCGCUUGACAUUAGUGGCCCUUCGGGAGCACUCGCCCUCGGUGAUUCCAUUCGCUUGGCGAACGCAACCUUGUCCAGCGUUUAGUGGAACCAGUAAACCUUAUAGUAUUUGUUUUUACAUAUCUGGUAUGAGGUUCUUCAAACAAAUUGUAAUUAACGACGACGAGGAAUUUCACAAGUGAAACAACAACAACAUAAUAUGAUCGCUGAGUACAUGCAGUUGCUACGUAUCUUAAAGUCUGACUUAUACUAGUCCACCUGAAGCAAAUGCUUGUCUAAAAGUAAUACUCAUAGUAUGGCAAUACUUAACGGAUAGCGUUGCGAGCUAAGACUGGCUUUUAAUUACGUAUAGUUAUUGUGACUCCAAGGUUCAAGUUAUACUAGUUAUCAUCCUACUGAGGAAUGAAACAUUUCGACUAACGACCUACGCCAUCUGUUGUCAAAGUUUAUAAGUCGCCACAAUUACCACUUCGGUUAUUAUACGGGAUUUGUUGGUGGUUUAUUAAAGUGUAAUCAUGAAACUUUUCGGUGGAAAUUUAUGAGGGUUUUUGUUAUUCAUGAGGAUAUGUUAAUAGAUGUUGUGUUUUAAGACCCUUUAGUUUACCGUGUUGUUAAAACUGGUUCUGUUAGUUAACUUAGUUAAAUAAUUCUAUUUUAUGUACAUAUCUCUAGCAGACAGCUAGUUUUUAAUAUAAAUAACAUUUUAUUUUUAUAAAUCAUAGAUACAUAAUCCCUUAAUAUUUUCUUCCUGUGUGAUAACACGUACAUCAGUUAAAGAGAUAUAUCAUGAUACAAGCCACCGUGAACGUCAGCUGCCGCUCUGUUGGUAGAUUUUGCUCUUAAUCUCUUAAAGAAUAUCACCUGAAAGGAACUUGUUCACAUUUUUUUCGAUGAUCCAUUCUCAUCGUGUUUUUUUUCUUUCAGACCCUGGGCGUGUGGAGAUGAGCAGUGCCCCCCGCCCCACCCUUCCCCCGCCCCGCACCCCGCCCCGCCCGCGAGAUGCUCGCUCUGCUCUCUCUACUGCUUCUUACAGCCCCCUCUGCCCGCGCGUCCUCCAGCUCGGAGCGCGCGCCUUCCCCCCGCGCGCCCCCCGCGCUCGACGAAGAAUUACUACGAGAUGCGCCCCUCUACCCGCCGCUACAGAAUGCUUCUCCCGACUACGACCCUGAGGACCCGGAAACCAGCAUCGAAGACAGCAGCAUCCUCGUUACACCAGAGCUGUCUGACGACAAAAUAAGCGACAAGAUUAACAUUCCCGACAUUGGGAACAUUCCUGACAUUGAGAACGUUCCUGACAUUGAAAACUUUCCUGACAUAGGGGAUAUUAAUGAUGUUCAGGAGAUAGAUAGGAGUGAAAGUGAAGUUGAGAUUGAAGAUAAAGCAGAGAGGAGGAAAAGGAGUAGUGGAGCUGAUUGGGAUAAAGGUUCAAAGGGAGCAAACAGACGAGUCCAGACAGCGGACACGAUCCUCAACAUUCGCGGCGCGCUACGCGACGCAAUCGGCGACGCGGGCGCCGCGCCGGGCCCGCGCGCGUCGUCACGUGUUGACGCGUUUGUGAUCAGACCGGCCGCGCCGGCGCCGCAACCGCAAGCGCAAGCUAGGCAGGCACCUAAAGUGCAGCCUUCAACCACCCAGACAAAACAUCGGGAGCUGUUGGUGGAACCGCAUGCUCGCGCUCGCAUCCCGUGCGAGUUGGCCAACGUCACGGACCUGCGAUGGUACCGCGACAGUGACCUCGUGAACCUACCUACCUCUGCGCGUGGUGGGGAAGCAAUGUGGGCAGAGCCGGGCGGCGCAGUUAUAGCACGAGCGACGCGAAGUGAUGCCGCUGUGUGGCGCUGCGAAGGAAGAGAUGCUAACGGCAAUAAAGUGUCUGGAAAGCCAACGGAGCUACUUGUUUAUGAACCGGUGCGUUCCUUGUAUCUGGCAGUGGAUGGACGACGACUAGACGCGGGCAAUACUUGGGUGCCCGUGAGAGACAAGAUGGUGCUGGAAGUACGCUGUGUGGCUGAAGGAGGUGUACCAGCACCUGAGCUUUCCUGGCGGCUGCUAGCGCUGGAGCCAGCGCUAGAUCACCGGCCCUACUUGCGGACCAAGCCUGCUAACUACUCACGAGAGGGGGUAACCUGGUCUGGGGCGUCAGUGACCGCGGCACGCGAGUUACACAACGCCAGUCUCCAGUGCGAAGCCAAACAACGCAGGCCUCCCACAACGGAAGAGGCCGAAACUCCGCCCGCGAUACACUCUACUAAACUAGAGAUUCACGUAACUUACCCACCAUCAUUCGUGAUCUCCCGCUGGCCUGGCUUCGGUGUGGCGUUAUGGGCGGGCGGUGCUGCUGCAUUACGAUGUGAUGUGGACGCGAAUCCACCAGCAAGAGCUUGGUGGAGACGGGAUGAUGCUCCUCCCGAUAGCGCGCCCCCACAAGGUGGUGCUGAACGUGGUUCUUCAGCAUCUCUCCGCUGGCCGGCGCUAUCAGCUCAGCAUGGAGGCUGGUAUCGUUGCAGAGCCUCAUGGCUUGACCAAGAAUAUUCUUCCAUAGGCUACUACCUCAACGUGUUGUCUCCGGACGAAUCAUCGUCAGUGUCAUCGAGCGCAUCUAACACUGAGGGCCAGAAACCCGAGGAAACCGAAGAGGAAGAGGUGGACCACCAGAAGGUCGACGUGCCGCUGGGAGGGAGUGUGCAGCUGCAUUGUCCAAAGGGCAGUGUUGGUUGCUGGUGGCGUCGUGUUCUCGGCAACGCGUCCGAAGGCGCGUGGGCCCCCGCCGGGUCUCACAAUGCGCACGGUGUACUCGGGAUCAAAGAAGCGUUAUAUCAGGAAGGAGGCGAGUACCGUUGCGUUGGAGCGCGUGGUUCGGACCUCGCGCGCUUGCAAGAGCUGAAGCGUGUCACACUGAGGGUUACUGGUGCUGCGACGGCCCGUGCGGUGUCAGCAACAGCAGUAGCUGGCGGCGGCUGGAGGCUCGAGUGUGGCGCUUGCGGUCGAGCACUGCGAGUCCUGUGGUUAUUGCGAGGCCGGGCUGUCCCAGCGGCGUUGACACCAGAUCUACCGCAACACUGCUGGCGGACUGUACUUCACGUGACUGAUCCUGAUGAGGUGUGGUGCGUCGCCGGCGGCGCGGGCGGCGGCGCGGUGGCCGUGUUCCCCCCGCGCGCCCCCGCGCCCGCCAGGCAGACCGUCCGCGCCUUGCACGGCGCCUCUACUGCUUACCACGCCUCUCUAACUUUACUGACGACGGCGUUAGCUUUGCUAGUUUAAAACUAGACGAUAGAAUGAUGGGAACGCUGCUGCCGAAAAGUGUAAGAUCUAAACUAAAUUUUACUUUUCAAACCUAAGAAUAAGAUUGAAGACGUAAUGUAAACUAGAAGAUCAUAGAAGGAUGGUGAAGCGAAUUUUCAAUUUUAUCCUAAGAAUUGGAUCGAAGAUGAUUAUUACAUGACUGAGGCUUGCGAUACGGCAUAAUGCCGUCCAUCAAUGCUGUUUUAGCUAGAUAUAUGCCCAUGUAAACAUCAAAUUUGUAAUUUAUCAUCGUCCAUCAUGAUUCAUGACUAUUUCAAUUCGUAGAAGCGAAAUUUGGAAUAAGAAAUUAAGAUGUACUGCUGCUAGUUUUAUGUAUGUAUAAACUAGUAGCAUUUGGAGAGACGAGACAUGAAUUUUAACCCCAAUCGAGUCUAAGCGGUGAUGAAAGACAAAAAUCAGUGUAGUGAAGUGAAAGUGUAAAUAGUGAAUAGAGUGCUAGACUAGAAUCAAGUUUGAAAGUAUCUGAAUACUUAAAAGUUGGGGCAAAGAUUGCAGAAAGUUUCGUAACCUAGUUUACUGAUUGCAUUGAUCCAAGGAGCGAAUUUAAAGUUGUGCCAACAGUGGAAGAAAAGUUAGACUGGGAUGAACUGGAAUCAGAGACAUGUUAAAAGUUUCAAGCAAUACUCAGUGAAUGGAAACUAAGAAUGACCUAGGAUAAGACUGCGCAAAUGUUGCGAUUGUUGUAGACUUGAAAAGUUUAUUGCACAGAGUUGAUAGACAGAAGAAUUGCUAUAAUAAAACUGCGAUUUCAUAACAGUUGACCGUUUUAACAGUAAUGUUUGACAGUAAAGUGGCAACGACAUCAACGCGAUAUUUAAAGGAAAUUCACAGGGACAUCGUCACGUGAACCCUGUAGCAGUAACGUUGCAACAAUAAUGCUGCUCUAAUUGCCAUUCGAAUGUCACAUUUACACACCGGUUUUCCUCUUGUUUACGUACAUCACAUGCACAUUCACUCGAGGUUGAGUGGUGAAUGGCUCCAACUCAAAAAGAGAGUAUGUGUGCGUGGAAAAUCGGCUUGCCAUAAAGUCACAGUUUAAUCUUAGCGACCUCUUUCUAUUUAUCAACUUUGUUUAGCGUGGUCCCCGCUCCGGGGGUGUAGGUACCCUCCCGCUUGCUCUCUUUCGUGCCCGUAAGGCUUUUGACGCACAUGCGUCGUUGCCCGACACGUUUCAACGCAUACGUGUCGUCAAUGGCACUCUGACUCUCUAUAUAGUAGCUGUUCGUAUCUAGGGCAACGCCCACUAUCGUACGGGACACGUCCCUCUAGUCUUCGUAGGAUCUAUAUGUAUUCGUUAUACUUAGCUAUCUCUUUACGCCGACAUUUCGUUAUUAAGGCAUCCCUUCCUACUCUUUAAGCUUUCUUUAAUGGGUAUUUUGAGAAAACAGGAAGAUAAUGUGCCAAAUUGUUGAUAUUUUAAAAUAGAUUUUUCUUAUAAUUGAUGAAUGUGGAAGUUAACAUAGGUAUCGUAAUCGGUCAGUAAUGUAUUGUGUAACACCAAUUGAAAUGAAUUAGAAUUUAUUGUAAGUUGGAGCGAGCGUUGUGCUGGUAGGCGCUCAGAAGCUUCGUGAGUCCGAAUGAGGCUUUUCGGCCUCACAGUCUAAAUCUGGAGGUCGAUUCUGAUUCAACGAUUUGUUAAGGGUUUCAUCUUGUUUUGAUAUGACCUUAGCAAAUGCUCACGCUGGUUGGUCCCCGCGCACAUCAUAAAUUCGUGUGGUAAGUCAAUUGCUCGCUUUUUAUUGGUGUACGUAGAGUAGAGCAAACCGUGACAAGAUCGUAAUAUAACAAUAUCAAAGCUGUAACAAAUUGUUGAAUCAGAAUACUCCAAACCUCUACAAAACGUAUAGUAUCUCUUUUCGGUCUCAAGCGGACUCACGAAGAGCGCGACUGGCUAGCACACCGCUAUAUAUUUUAUAUAGAUGUCAAAUUCAUAAAAUUAACGUUUAAAACAUUAUGUAUCAUAGCUGAAUCUAAAUCAUGUAAAUUUCGAUGUCAAUUUUAGUGCCCGCGUAGCUCGGGCAGUUUUGUAUGGACAAAAAUUUGCUACCACCAUUUUUGCAAGUAAUAAUACUAGUGUAAAUGAAAAGGUCAAAUUUUUAUCGGAUGUUUGAUGUUGAUGUAUAACGUUAGUUUUUGACAGUCUGGCGGGGCGGCUGCGACUAGUAACAAUCAGCCUGCGACUGGUCGCCUUUAGUUUAGUUGUAGUGUGAUGUAUUUUUGUACCGUUAAAAACCGUCAAUUGAGCGAUGAUUUAAAAUUGUAUUAUAAAACGAUGUACAACGUUUGGUUACGUACCUGAGUGGAAAACGCAAUGUUCCGUCCAUCGGAGUUCGAAGUAGAUUAAGAGCUAGACCCUCUCCUGCGCAUUGCGCCCUUCUUAUCUGAGCUACCAGUGGCGGCGUGUCAAAAAUAUUCAUCUGAUAUGCGGAGCUAACUUUGCUUGCCUCCAUGAGUUUAAGGAAAAUGGCUAGUCUGAAAAUUGGGCAAGUCGGUGGGAUUUGAGUUCUAUGAACGCCCCGCCACUGAUAGCGACCUUCUGUAGCGACUACGCCAUUCAAUAAUGAUAUUAGUCAGUGCCUGACUGCACAGCUAAGUUUAUCUGAGUGUAAUGAUUGCAGUUAUUUUUCUUGUAAGUUCAAUACCAGCGUGAAAAAAUUGAAUAGAAGUUAUUUUGGGUUUAGAAAAAACUCGCAAAAGUAAAAUUAAUAGCUUUUCUCUCCCUGAGCAUUUAAAAUACUUAUUAUUUGACGCUGAGGUAUACCACUAUUGAUUCACAAGCUAGGCUAAGCGCAAGUUAUAACGCCUAAAAACGCAAUAAUUUUUAAUGUUUAUCCCAACAUUAAAAUUCUCUACAUGAUUUGAUUAGAUCGAAAUUUCUAAUUUCAUAUUAACAUCAAAUAAAGUUGUAAAUGUUUAAGUCUAAAAUAAGCCUCUUAGUUUGAGUACCUAAUCCUAAUCCAAAACUAAUUAACACUUUUGUACGAUUGUGGUCCCCUAAAAAAUCUUUCACCUUUCUGAUCACAUAAGAAGGAAAUUGAUACAAGCAUGGAUACACUCAGAUGUGCGUCAGGUCAUCUCACAGCCAGUACCGCCCCCGCCCGGACACUCGCUCGACCCCAAUCAAUACGCAACUUACAACUUUCACCGCCGUAGGGUUUCUUUUCUUCGCGGGUGUGGGGGAUAAAAUCAAUGUUUUAUGUCAGUUUCGUUCGAAUUUGACGUGUACGCGUACCCCUUUGAAGCUUGUUAGAGAGUCCAGGUUUAUGGUAUUCUUGACCUAUAUUGUGUAAGAAAGUAUUGAUAUUUAAAAAGUAAACAAAGAUGUUAAAAAAUUAUUACAUACAUAUGUGAAUUGAAUACGAAAACAGUUUUUAGUCAUUUAAUGAAAUAUCGGCCUAAAUAACUUUACUAUACUUGCAAAAGCACGUGGAACCGCUAUUUAUGAUUAAUAUUUGGUCAAUUAUUCACAUAUGAAUUGAAGAUAAGAUUAAAAGUCUAUAGCAAUACAUAGUCCCUGAAACGUCGAAAUCUAGUACUUAAUAACGCAUUUGACCAAAUUCUAAUCUAGGAAGGGUAUCACACUAAAGACAGUUAUUAACACUAUGAUUAUGAUUAUAGAUCAUACUUAUAUUCAAGCUAAAUACGUAAAUAUAGUCUUCCUUGUUAUGUUCAUGAUUUAAAGCCUAUUAUGUCAAAUUGCACAAAGAGUUCAGGAAAAUGGUAUGAAACAAAAAGCAGACCGAACUGUUCUCUACACUUAUUUGGGACUAUAUGACUUUAGAAGAAUGCCGUUGGGAUUGGAGUCGGGCCGAGGUUGUAGUUCUGUUGUAAGCCAUACUUAGCGUCCAUUUUGAUACCACGUGUCACGUAUCAGUGCCAACAUAAUUUAAAUAGAUCAUACUAUAUAUUUACAUUAUUUACUAAUAUACAUUUUAUUGAUUUGAUAUUGAAUGUACAGACCAUAAUAUUCAUCGCAAUGUGUUUAUGGAAUCGUAUACCAGAUAAAAUAAACGAUAUAAAAAAUA